AUGCAAGUCCGAUUUUUAAUCAGUUGUAUAUUAGUCUUAGAUCGUACAUCAAUAUCAUUUCGAAAAAUUCAAUGGUGUGCCGACAAUAUGCCUGCAUUUGUGCCCAGUUCACUACAGUUUUCGAAUAAAUCUGAUCUCAAUGUAUUGGAAAAAGACUCAACAGUUGAAAUAAAUUCAGAGGUACAGAAAUUAAGAGUUCCACAAGCGUCAAGACUUGUUCUUCAUUUUCAACAGAAAAUGGCCUCUUGUGGAUUAUCCAUCUACAUUCUCUUAACUGCAUUAACCGUUAAUGAUGCUGUUGUCCGUACAACAGCAUAUUCUUCUCAACUUAAUGAGAUGAUUGUUUAUUUGACAAAAAAUCAGUUUCCACGUCCUACAUCAGGCUCUGAUUAUGAGUCAUAUGGAUGUUGGUGCAAUGUGCUAAACAGACAAAAAGAUGGUGAAAUUGUUGACGAUAUAGACGCAUGUUGUCAUCGACAUUACAACUGCUAUAAACGAAAAUCAUCAUCAUCAAUGUGUGAUCCAUACGGAACUGAAUAUGAUUCUUAUCUACAUAAUAAUACAGUUAGCUGUACGAAUACAGAUGGAUACUGUCAUGCUUUUCUACGACCACCAUCACAUCCUACCAUCACAUGUACAAAACCAAAAUGGAAUAAAAAUGGUAUUACAGUUGCUGGGAAUGGAACAUUUGGCUCGUCUAGUAUUCAACUAGCCAAACCGAUGGGUAUAUUUAUUGAUCAAGAUGAUCAUCUUUACGUGACAGAUAAUACUAAUCAUCGAAUACAGAAAUUUGUACAAGGGUCAAAUGUUGGCAUCACAAUUGCUGGUAGCAAUACAAGAGGUAAUGCUAGUAAUCAGCUUUCCUAUCCACAAGAUAUUUUUAUCGAUAGUCUUGGUAAUCUAUUUGUCACUGAUAUGCUUAAUCGUCGAAUACAGAAAUGGUCUGUAAACAACAGUAGAGAAGGUAUCACUGUAGCAGCACUGGAUCCGAAUUAUGCUCCUUAUGGAAUAUUUGGUAAUAAACAAGGCGAUAUUUAUGUAUCUGGAGAAAUUAAUUAUCGAGGUAAAUUAACGAAAUAUUCAAACAAUUUUGAAGUUGCAACGACCAUUGCAAGUGAUUACAGCUCUGUUUGGGGUCUCUUUGUUGAUGAAUGUGAUGAUAUCUAUGCAGCUUUUUAUCAGUCACAUUACAUACAAAAAUUAAUUGAUCAAUUGCCAUUAAAAUUUACAGUAGCUGGCGUCAAAGCUGAAAAAGGUUCCGAUUCCACUCAUCUCGGUUGGCCAUCCGACAUUCUGUUUGAUCCCUAUGGUAAUCUAUAUAUAUCUGAUAAAGAUAAUCAUCGCAUUCAACGGCUAAAAGCAGAUGAUGAUACAUUGACAAUGGAAACAAUCGCUGGAGUAACGGAAGAACAAGGAGAUGACACGAAACACUUCAACGAACCAUGGAGUAUUGCAUUUGAUUCGAAAUACAAUUUAUAUGUGAGUGAUAUGAAGAACCAUCGUGUACAAAAGUUUUUAUUUGAAAGUGGUGAUCUGUAUUGUUAG